GCCUGAUUUUUAUUCAUAGUAGGAACGAGUGAUAUGCCUACUUAUGGAGAUUUUCGAUAUCACGAGUGAGAAACCGAAGUGCAGAAGCUCAGACCACUAGUCUCAAUCGGAAACCGAGAAUGAUUUCGCUUCACAUGCAGGUCCUUCAGCCUAGCUCAGUGAACCAUUGCUUGCCAACCCGCUAUGGAGUUGAGUCAUGCUCAUCCAUGGCUGAACUCAAGCAACAUCAUUCCUUCUUCAUUAAACUCGGCCUCUCAACUAACAACGAUGCCAUGGGACGCAUAAUCAAGUUUUGCUCUUUGUCUUCAAAUGGAAAUUUCCCCUAUGCUGUCCGAGUUUUCUGCACAACUCCAAACCCAGAUGUGUUCAUCUACAAUACCAUAAUGAAAGGUUAUUUGCAGAACCAUCUGCCCAGAAAUUGCAUUCUCUUGUAUUCAUUGAUGCUAGAAGAAUCUCUGGUACCCAAUAGUUUUACAUUCCCAUCUGUUAUAAGAGCUUGCUGUGUUGAUAAUGCUAUUAAGGAAGGAAAACAAGUGCAUGCCCAUGUUGUGAAGUUCGGGUUUGGAGCAGAUAGUGUCUCCCAGAACAAUCUAAUUUAUAUGUACGCGAAUUUUAAAUCCUUGGAUGAAGCUAGAAUGGUGUUUGACAAAAUGCCUGUUCGAGAUGUGGUGUCUUGGACUACUUUGAUUACUGGGUAUUCUCAAUGGGGAUUCACUGACGAUGCCUUCAAUGUGUUUGAACUUAUGUCGGAAAAGAAUUCUGUGUCUUGGAAUGCGAUGAUUGCUUCUUGUGUUCAAAGCAAUCGUUUCCAGGAAGCAUUUGCUUUGUUUAAUAAGAUGGAGGAGGAAAAAGUGGAGUUGAAUAAGUUUGUCGCCGCUAGUAUAUUAACUGCUUGUACAGGACUAGGAGCUUUAGAGCAGGGGAAGUGGAUACAUAAACAUAUUGAGAAAACUGGGAUCGAAUUAGACACAAAACUUGCUUCAACGAUCAUUGACAUGUACUGUAAGUGUGGUUGUCCGGAGAAGGCAUUUGAAGUUUUCAGUAAAUUACCUGAGAAGGGAGUUUCUUCAUGGAACUCCAUGAUUGGAGGGCUUGCAAUGCAUGGGAAAGGAGAAGAUGCAAUCAAACUUUUUAGGGAUAUGGAGAAGGAAAUGAUUCCACCUGACUACAUAACCUUUGUGAAUCUUCUUAGUGCCUGUGCUCAUUCAGGACUGGUUGAAGAGGGGCAAUACUUCUUCCAUUACAUGAUUAAUGUCCACGAUAUUGAACCCAAGAAAGAGCAUUAUGGCUGCAUGGUUGAUCUGCUUGCCAGGGCUGGAAUGCUAGAAGAAGCAAGAAACAUCAUAGAUAAUAUGCCAAUGAGUCCUGAUGCAAGCAUAUUAGGUGCCCUUCUUGGAGCUUGUAAAAUCCAUCAUAAUGUCGAGUUAGGGCAAAAGAUAGGCAAGAUGGUUAUUGAUCUAGAACCUGGAAAUAGUGGGCGAUAUGUGACAUUAGCUAACAUAUAUGCCAAUGCUGGAAGAUGGGAAGAUGUUGCUAACAUAAGAAAGUUAAUGAAUGAUAGGGGAGUGAAGAAGGAACCAGGUUUCUCCAUUAUUGAAAUGGAUGGAGUUAUGAAUGAGUUCAUUGCAGGUGAAAUGGCUCAUCCUCGUCCGGAUCAUGUUCAAGCGCAAGCGAUAUACGCCAAAGCCGAAGAAAUGUUGGAAUCGAUCAGGUUGGCUGGCUACGUUCCUUGCACUGAUGCUGUAUUGCAUGAUCUUGUUGAGGAAGAAAGAGAGAAUCCCUUGUUCUAUCACAGUGAGAAACUUGCAGUCGCUUAUGGCUUGUUAAGGACUAAACAAGGUGAAACUCUCCGUAUCACCAAGAAUUUGAGAAUUUGUAGAGAUUGUCACCAAGCAAUUAAGCUAAUCUCCAAGGUUUUUGAUCGUGGUAUAAUAAUAAGAGACAGGAACCGGUUCCACCAUUUUAGCAACGGAGACUGUUCUUGCAGAGACUAUUGGUAACUGCUUGAAGGGAUGUGUUGAUAGAACUCCUGUAUGUCUAGUUUUAUGCCUCACUUAAAAGCGGCAUGCAUAAAGCAUAAUAUGAUAUAUUUAUAUUACCACAUAAUAUUCUGGCCAAAAGAAAUAUACUACCACAUAAUGUAAUAUCUUCAUAUUAGCACCUAAGUGCCACAAGCAUAUUGGUGCAUAAUUGUUUUUUGGUCAGAGAUCUGGCAAUACUUUCCAAUUGAUAAUUAGAGACUAAUGCUCUCAUGAUAGAUAAAUCA